UGUAGGCGUCUGAGAAUUAAUUGUAGGCAGUGAUCGAGAGGCUUAUCACAAUUGAAUCUUCGCGUUGCAAAGAACGGCGGGUGGACAAGUUUCGCGGGACAAGACGCGUUUCUGAUUUUUAUCAUGACUUCUCGAGUAGGUAUAAUCCGCGUCAGCCGCCUUGUUCUCUUGGCACGUACGCCUCGUGACAUUUUUUCCUCUAUUAACAUGAGUUUUCGAAUGGCCACGAUUAGGGAUCGUCUGCGCUAUAUUCGCAGUGACGUUAAGUUUGCGAAGAUGAAUCAGACGAUUGAGGAUCAGUGACGUAACGAUGAUUAACGAACGAUGACGAACACGAAUUUUAAGGCGUGAUACGGAUUUAACUGUCUUUCAAGUUAAAAUUUUUACUUCUUGCGAUAACAGGCAGGCAGCAAUGUUCUCUUACAUAAUCAACUACUAUAAAUAGAUUCAUUUUUGUAAGAGUUAAAUGCAAGCCACAGGGGAGGAAGAAAAAAAUAUGGGGAGAGUAGAGGUGAUUUUUAGGCCUUGCGAUAAGCAGCGGGUGCGAUGCGAUGGGUGCGAGUGAUUCACCACGUAGGUGCCACCCUACCAGCGGUUGCGACGAGUACGGCGAAGCGCGAGAACGGUAUACGCACGGCAAAAUGGCGUUUGACAACGAUGGCUGACGAGGAGGACGAGGAGCGGCGGAGGUGAAUAGUAAGUCCGUGGACACCUCUCGCGAUCCCCUCGCGCAUCAGUUCCCUCCCCAACCCCUCGUUUAAACGCAGUUAUCUUGCUCGUGAGCUAGUGAGCGGCCGCUCGUUAUCGGCGAGCAAACAAACGGACCCCUCCGUUGCCUCUUUUCACUCGAUAGCCAGAGAUUCUCGGCUCGUCUUCCUCCUCUCUUUCGUCAGUUUUCCGUCGAAAACAGGGAAAAGUAUAAACGUUCACGCUCGGCGACACCGGCUCGGUGUUGCCUCGUACGUGCUCGCACGAUUUAUUUUCACUCCGUUGCUCAUUCGGUUUCGCGUUGGGAACCAUCAGACAGGUGUAGUGCGUCCGCGUCAUCGGGGGUGUGUAGUGAACGUUCAAACUGACAGGCUUGAUGUUCAUACAUGUACUUCGAGGUGCUCGUCCUUCAAUCUCCUCCGACAAUCUUUCGUUAAAGGACGCGAUGAAGGAGACGUUGCCUAAGCAGGACAUGAAACGCGAGUGGGAGGAGAAUCGCGGCGAAGAGAGUUCGCCACGAAUGAUCAAGACCGAGGAGCAAUCGGUCGAGAGUUCCCGGACAGUGAUCACCUCGAGGAGGCACGUGCGCACGAUAACGACGACCGGCCACAUAACAGAGGCCGUUGCCGAGCCGGAACCAGAUUCGCCUGAUUCUAAAGCUAUAUCAGUUGGUCUCCAACUAGAAUCACAGCAGGAGCAAUCUGAUCAACAAUCUCGUGCGCGCGCUUAUCAGGAAGAGUCACAGCAGGAUCAAGGGUGCAAAGAACUGUCGCCGCAAUUCGUGCAUAUUUCGCAGGCAGACGCGGAUAUACAACAGCAGCAACACCGUUCAGGCGAACACAUCGUUUAUAUAACUGGUCAGAUACAAGUCGAAGAACCGAAAAACGUGGACCCUGGCUUGAUUGUGAAGGAAACUAGGUACGAGACGUCGGAGCCCGAAAGAACAGACACGGACCGGAUGUACUACUCCGCGGACAGUCAGCAAUUCCGGAAAGAAAAUCACGGCAUAUCGGUUCAAGGGCAGGAAAGGCGGGUUCAAUCCGGGAACAAUCAUCACAGAUACAGUCCCCGAGAAGGGGUACAGUCUACCGCUGGAAACGGACGACCGUAUCACCAGGGUUCUCCGGUUCUCGUACCAACCACCGAGGAGUACGGUAGCGCGAUAGUCUCGCACACGACAGAAGCCGUGAGCAUUCAGUUGGACUCAUCUGUGGGUCCUGCUUACUCGCCACCGAUCAGCGAUAAUGGUCUUCGAACGGACCCGUCUAACGGGCAACAACCUCCCCAGCAUCAUCAGCAACAUCAAAUGGUCAGCGGUUACGUGAACACCAGUGGCGCAGGGAAUAUCAAGUAUGAAGCAGAAGCGAAUGUGGUGGCAACGAAUGCUGUCCCUUUGGCAACUGCUGCCGACAGCAUGAAAGUGUCGUACACCACUUUGGAGACGGUUCCCAUUCCGCCGUCGCAGGCGGUUCAGUAUUCGCAGUUCAUAAGCGGCGCCGAGACGUACCCACAACCACCCAGCUACGCUUAUACGAAGCCUGGCGACCAGGUGAUCCUCACAUACCACCAGUCUUCGUUGGCUUCUCGCGUGGGUGGGGUGGAACCUCCUGGAAGUGCGUACAUAAAGGGAGACCCGACGUUGGCGUCUUCUCUGGGUAACUCGCGAGGGUUGUCCUUCCAAUACGAGCAGCCGGGCUCGCCAGGGUCUCAGGUGCCUUUAUACACCGGGACCACGUACCAUUAUGCGAAACCAGCGACGUCGGCCGAGUAUUGGUCAACCACCGAGACUCCGUCACCGCCGUCGUACGAUUAUCAAAACGUGACAGCGAUCCCCGUCGGCGAUGCGGCGAACAUGCAGCUCUACUCCGGCGGCGCGUACAGCGUCUCGAGCGGAGGCAAUACGGGUCCGUCCCCGUGGCCCGGUUUGCCAUCGUUGACCGGCGCUGACGAUGGCUUCGAAGAUUCCAUAAUGACAGAAGCGAAAGAGUGUCCUGGCUGUGCGUCUCCUGCUAUAUGGAGGAGAGACGAGACCGGCCAGUUCUACUGUCACGGUUGUAAAAUGAAUGGAGUGAGCAGACCAGUGAUGAGGGGCAGCAAACCAAAGCAACCUAUACCACCGACGAGCGUGAGGAGGACGGGCGUCCAAUGUGCAAACUGCAGGACCAGCAACACAACUCUCUGGCGGCGGAACAACAACGGAGAACCUGUCUGUAACGCGUGCGGUCUCUACUAUAAGCUACACCAGGUAAACAGGCCACUCAGUAUGAAGAAAGAGGGAAUCCAGACGAGGAAGAGGAAGCCAAAGAAUCAUUCGGGAAUCAGCGGAAAUUUGGCUGGGCCCAGCGGUAUACCCAAGACCGAGCUUAAGUCUAACUUACUCGUGGACUCGUUGCAGUUGAACGUGUACGGGAGCGGUAACGGGGGCGGGAUAGGGGCAGAUAUCAGACCGGAGGCCGAGCCGGGGACAACCGGUAGGGAUGCGAGUAAAGGUAGAGGGAACGGAAACCGGGGUGAGACCGGAAACGCGUUGGGAACCGGCGAACGUCAUCCGUCCGUAGGUACACCAUUGGCUCAUGCGCAUUCGCCCCUCGCUUUGCCCACCGCCGCCGCACUCAAUCGACAAACCACCCUUACCGUGCCACCGCUAGAGCCAAUCGUUAGUCAUGUGGCCAGCGACAUGAUCUCGGUCAUAACUUCGACCACUGCAGUUCACGCCGAGAGAGUAUAGCGUAGCGCGUAAAGUAGAAAUGGAAGAAGAUGAAGGAGACCGUCGGGUAGAACACAUGGCGCGAUGUCAGCGGCUGCUGUCGCAGUGAAAGGGCAGCCUCUUUACCAACCAAGGAUUUACCCACCACGCAAUAAGGACCACCGCUGUCCUUUUUGAACUGAACCGAAUUGACCCGCUGCAAUUUGAUCCUCUUCUCGCGAAUUCUUUUUAUUUAUUCCUAUGUUGGAAAAUGCGUGGCCGACGCGCGCGCGACUCCUGCUUUAUCGGUUGCGCUUGAUCAUGCCGACGCGAUUUCAAUUUCGCGCUAGACGGCUUCGCCCUCUUCAGGUUCAAGAGGAAACGGAACGCGCGCCUCGGACGCCGUUUAUCAGCCACCUUAAUCUCCUCCAUCCUCUCGUCCUCUCAUUUCUUUCAACUCUUAAGUAUAUAAUAAAUACGCCUUUGUUCCUCUCUGUCUGUUCCGAAGAAUCUUACGCAUAUCGCGCGAGAUUCUUGCCUGUUUCGUUGUAAAUACACGUCGUACCGCUGCCUUCCUUCGCGUACACCCACGCAGGCACACGCGUUCGUGCACUUAAACAGUAUACAUGUAUGACACGCUGAUGUAUUUACGUGCGGAGGAAACGAGUACACGUAGGUGUGCAGCGAGGCGCAUUCUCGCGAAGGGUAACGCGUAUUCGCGCUUGGAUAGGAGCGCGUCCGCGUAUAAGAUAAACAUAAGUAAGAAACGUGAAAAGAUAAAAGAGAGAAAGGAAUCUAUUUAUUUGCUGGAUGCGACCACCGCGUCCGGUCGCGCAAUUAGACAAUUUUUUCGAAUCGCAUGCUACGAGUCUGAGUACUCGGUUUGUACAGGCUAUGUAUGUACGAGAUGUUUGAAUAAAACGACUGGACCCGAUCGUUUAAAACCAAGGGAAACGAUUCCCAUUGAAAUGUCGAUGUACACGGUGGCAGCGGAGUCCAUUCAGUGUACGCGUUUAUAUCGGACUCAAGUAUUGUAUUCAUCCCCACUAGUUCUCGAAACUGGCUUAGCCACGGAAUGAAGAUCCCAUCCACUGUAGACUAUUGCUAUAUUAUACCCUUUAACACAUUAGAUAAGCUUUCUCCACGCCUCAA